AUGGCCCGGGUCGAUGAUGUGAUCCACGAACGGCUCACCACGGAAGUGCCGCUAGUCAGGGAAGUGGCGCAGUACAUCAUCUCGGCCGGGGGCAAGCGCUUGCGUCCAGCCUUGCUGCUGAUGCUGAGCGGAGCCAUCGAAAGCCAGAGCCCCCCACGGCACACGCUGGCGGCGGUGGUGGAAUUCAUUCACACAGCCACGCUGUUGCACGACGAUGUGGUGGACGAGUCCACACUUCGCCGGGGGCGGGAGACGGCCAACGAACGGUUUGGCAACGCCGCGAGCGUGCUCGUGGGGGACUUCCUCUACUCGAGGGCGUUCCAGAUGAUGGUGGACGUGAAUGACAUGCGGGUCAUGCAGGUGCUCUCCGACGCAACCAACGUGAUCGCCGAGGGUGAGGUGCUUCAGCUCAUGAACAUGCACGACGCCUCCAUCGACGAAGCGGCGUAUUUGCGGAUCAUCCGGUCCAAGACGGCGAAGUUGUUCGAAGCCAGCGCCCGGCUUGCAGCAAUUCUGGCGAAGGCCGAUGGGCCCACCGAGGCUUUGUGCGCCAGCUAUGGUCAGGCUCUCGGGACCGCCUUCCAGGUGAUCGACGACGUGCUUGACUACGAAGGCAGCGCCGAGGAGUUGGGCAAGAACCUGGGCGACGACUUGCGAGAGGGCAAGGUGACCUUGCCCAUCAUUUGCGCGCUGCGAACGGCGUCCGAUGCGCAGAAGCUGCUGAUCAGACAAGCCAUCGAGGAGGGCGAUGUGGCCCAUCUUGACGACAUCCGCUCCAUCAUUCUCGACACCGGCGCACUGAAGGAAGCCCGUGCCAGCGCCGAUGCCGAGGCGCAGCGCGCGAUCGACGCUGCAAAGCAGCUCCCCGACAAUGCCUACAGCGCCGCCUUGCUACAAUUGGCGUCGGAUUUGUUGGGGCGCCGCUCCUGA